AUGUUGGCUUGCACCAGAACUGCGCGACGCUUGCGACCAUGUGCUCUUUGUCCUGCCUCCGCUAUCGCCUUAAGAUUUGAUAAUAUUCGCAGGUCGCUCAGUAGCGGCAGCGAUGCGGUGAACGACACGGCGCGCUCGAAGCCCAGCUCGCGCGUCGUCUUCUCGGGAAUACAGCCGACAGGAAUUCCCCAUUUAGGUAACUUCCUCGGAGCUCUGUUGAACUGGGUACAACUCCAGCGGGAUGCUCAACCGGACGACCGUCUUAUUUUCUCGAUUGUCGGGUGGCAUGCUCUGACGCUGCCGCAGGACCCGCGGGCACUCAGCACGGCGCGCAGAGAGAUGAUGGCCGUGCUACUUGCAAUAGGCCUUGACCCUGAGCGUUCGAUUGUUUUUCACCAGGAUGAUAAUCCCAAUCACACAGAGCUGGCUUGGAUACUUAAUUGCAUAACUCCCAUGGGAAAACUGCGUAGGAUGACUACCUGGAAGUCACGACUGGCAGCAUCGCGAAAUGCACGCGACGAUGCAGACGUCGACGAGUCUCUGCUAAACGCGGGACUAUUUACCUAUCCCGUGCUCCAGGCUGCCGACGUCCUGGCUUACAAGACUACUCACGUCCCCGUAGGUGAAGACCAGCAACAGCACAUUGAACUCGCGAGAGACCUGGCCGACACGUUCAACCGAACGUUCAAGAACCGAGGACCGCUCUUCCCUCUGCCUCAACAUGUCGUUACUACCUCCCGUCGCGUCCUAUCGCUAAAGGACCCAUCCUCCAAAAUGUCCAAGUCUGCGCCAGACAAGCAGUCGCGCAUCUUGCUCACGGACAGCGCGCUGCAGAUACAGGCCAAGGUUCGCGCUGCCGUCACCGACUCCAUCACCGGCAUCACUUACGACCCUCUCGCGCGUCCGGGCGCGUCCAACUUGCUAGCGAUCCUGGCAGCAUGCUUGGGCGAGGACGUGACGGAGGCCGCGAAGCGCUACAGCGACAAGGGGCACGUCCACCUCAAAGCGGACGUUGCAGAGGCGGUCGAGGAAAUGAUGAAGAAGCCGCGUGCGGAGUUCGAGAGGCUUAGGGAGGAGCCGGCGUACCUCACCUCGGUCUCCGCGGCUGGCGCAGCCAAGGCAAGGGAGCUCUCGGAGGCGACGAUGCGGGAGGUCAGAGAACGCGUCGGUUUGGUAUAG